CGAGAGCCGCGUAGCGAGAGACAAAAACCCCUCUCGUCCUCCUCCCGCCGCCGCCGUCUCGACCUCGCAGCCUAGGGUUUGCCCCCCUCUCCUCCUUCCAGAAGCUUCUAGACGCUCGUGGGGGGAGCAUCCGCCGCCGCAGCAGCCAUGGCGUCCACCAAGGUCCAGCGUAUCAUGACCCAGCCCAUCAACCUCAUCUUCCGGUUCCUCCAGAGCAAAGCGCGCAUCCAGAUCUGGCUGUUCGAGCAGAAGGAUCUCCGGAUUGAGGGCCGGAUCAUUGGCUUUGAUGAGUACAUGAAUUUGGUCCUUGAUGAUGCUGAGGAAAUCAACGUUAAGAAGGAUACUAGGAAAUCAUUGGGUAGGAUACUAUUGAAAGGCGAUAACAUAACUCUGAUGAUGAACACUGGGAAGUGAAUUUUCUCCCCAAGGUUGGCGUUUGUGACUUUGUGUCGAUUAGUCCCGUGAUACUUUGUACUCCAUCUAGAUAAUCAGAGAAUGAAAUGCAUGUAGCAUGUCAUCGUCAUCGUCCUCAAUUGAGGAUAUGUAACGGCUGUUAGCAACCUAUGAACUCUGUGAACUCUAGGCAAGGUUGUUGAGAUAAUGAGUUGCUCACUUGUGUGUUUAAGAUUCCUGAUCCCGUGAAUCAAUCCUGCUCACUUAUAACACGGACAAUUGGAGCAAUUCUUGUUGUACCUCGUCUUCUUCCCGUAUCUAUGUUAUAGAUAGUCUUGAGCA